CAUUGAUCUGUGCCGCGGUGGAACAGGGGUUGGAGACACACUACUAGAGAUGGCGCGGCACCCGACCGGAGCGCAAGGACAGCUGCCUGGCGAUGGGGGGGCUUAAAUCGUAGAAGAAAAAAAUCUGGAAAAACGUUAACAAAAAGAAGAUUUGGAGUUUCUAUUUCUCAAAACUACACCCGAGGAAGGAAAAUAGCGAAAGCGUUAAAUAAAGGCACCAGAGGAACAAUCUGCUGUGAGAGCGAAAAGCAACAAAGACAAUAAGUUAAGUGGACGUUCUGGACAGCAGCUAACUGCGGUACGUCACAUAGAUGGUUGGUCCACAGCGCUGCCCGGAUCAUGAAUGCACAGUUGUCGAUGGAGAAUAUAGAACUGCACGGAGUGAGUCAUGAAUCUUUAGCCAGCCACGGAGAUCUGUUGAGCGGCCACAGCCCGCAUUCCCGUCCCAGCCCAAGAGGUUUGAGCCACCGCGCGAUGGGAAUGGCGACCCUUCUGGACAGCGGCGACUAUCAUCCCGGACACCCCGGACACCUGCACUCGGCCAUCAGCAUGUGUGAAGCCCCCCCUGGCAUGAGCGCCAGCAGCACUUACACCACCCUCACCCCGUUACAGCCUUUACCCCCCAUAUCUACCGUGUCUGACAAGUUUCCUCCGCAUCAUCACCACCACCACCAUCCGCACCAUCCGCACGCGCAUCCGCAUCAGAGGAUUCCCGGUAAUGUCAGCGGCAGCUUCACGCUCAUGCGUGAGGACCGUAGCCUGGCUCCUAUGAACAGUCUGUACCCCGCCUACCAUCACAAGGACCCUUGCAUGGGCCAGAGUCUAUCCCCGCUCUCCGGCUCCGGUCUAGCCAGCAUACACACGUCCCAGGCUGGCAUCCCACCGUAUGCACACCCUGGCGCCGCCAUGCCCGGGGAGAAGAUGCUUACUCCAAGUGGUUUUGAGGCGCACCCAGCCAUGUUGGGCCGCCACGCGGAGCAGCACAUGAGCUCCUCGGGCAUGGUCCAGAUCAACGGUCUGCAUCACCAUCCACAUGCGCACCUCGGUGCAGCACAGGGCCACGGUCAGGGGCUGGGGGGCAGAGGUGAACAGGCCUCUGGGCCCGGACAGCCAGGAGGGGUUGCCACUGGAGGAGCAGUCGCGGGAGGGGGGGCUGUUUCUGGGGGACAGAUGGAAGAAGUAAAUACCAAAGAGGUGGCGCAAAGGAUCACCACAGAGCUCAAGCGCUACAGUAUCCCUCAGGCCAUCUUUGCGCAGAGGGUUCUGUGCCGGUCCCAGGGGACGCUGUCUGACCUGCUACGGAACCCUAAACCCUGGUCCAAGCUCAAGUCUGGAAGAGAGACCUUCCGCCGCAUGUGGAAGUGGCUGCAGGAGCCUGAGUUCCAACGCAUGAGCGCGCUCAGGCUCGCAGCAUGCAAGCGCAAAGAACAGGACCAUGGACGGAAUGAUCGGGGGAAUGUUUCUAAGAAGCCUCGUCUGGUGUUCACAGACGUGCAGCGGAGGACUCUUCAUGCCAUCUUCAAGGAGAACAAGCGCCCGUCUAAGGAGCUGCAGCUGACCAUCGCGCAGCAGCUGGGCCUGGAGCUGGCCACAGUCAGUAACUUCUUCAUGAACGCGCGCCGCCGCAGCCUGGACAAGUGGGUGGACGACGGCUCCGGUCACCCAGCCAACACAGGCCCAAAUGCCUGCACCAAAGCCUGAAGACGGACUGACUUGACCAACUCAUGGACUGACUCAACCUCGGUGGAAAAGCUUUAAAACUUAAGUGAAACAAAGAGAAACUUAAAGAGACCUUGAAGCAACGUUUUGCCCUUAAACCUGUACUAUAUUGAUAUUUAUAGUAUCCAAAGAUGAAAAAACAAACCAAAGACUUCUUGUUGACCUGCUUUGAAAUGUUUGUUUCAGCAACACAUUUCUGUGUAUACAUACUGCAAAAAGACUAUAGUUUUACCCCUCUUACACACACUUACUAUCACUGGUCUUUAGCUUUAUUACACUUUCCAAGUAUCCGUCU